CGGGGUGCACGUCGUUCACCACGACAUACGCCACCCACAACUACUAUUUCUUAUACAGUAACCUCGUUAAAUACAGUGACGUAAACGGUUCUCAUACAUGGACGUAUUGUGUUGCGACUCGUGAAAUACUUGGUGAUGCUGCAUCGAUCAGAGUGUUCUUGGACAUAUUAAAGAUAACCUUGCUCGGUGCAUUCAUUAUUCAGUGCCUGCGCUAAGCUAUGGUCAGGAUGGCGCCCUUUACAGGUAAUCAUGAGGAUCCUCAAUAGAAUUGACAACGGAAAUGUAACAGCUAUAAACAAAAACGAUAACUUCAUAUACGAAGAAUCAAAUAGAGAAAGUUGGCAGACUGCAACGCUACAUCAAACCAACAAUAUUGUAGAUAAUUGCAAUUCACUCAAUAUUUGUAAUAAUACAAAUAAGGGUGAUAAUAGAAUUCUGUUCACAACUGAAAAUUCGGGCACAGAUGGGUCCAUAGAGACGGCAGUUUGUAAUCAUCAAUACCGAAUAAAUUCACAGAAUAUUCCUCCUGAAAAUACGACGAAUAUUGAAAAAUAUUUAACAGCAAAAACAAAUGAAUUAUUUAAUUCCGCAUCUCUUGAUGGAGAGCAUUUCUUGGACCAAUCAGACACAGAAGACAUGUCGGACGACGGCGUUCACCCAGUACCGAGAGGUAUUGUAAACCCAAACUACCCUGGUUUCCAGCAUUUAGCACACACUUUACAGGACUAUUCCAUCAACAUAGAAAAUUAUUACCAAUCUGAAAAUGAAAUGACUGACGACGACGUUGAUACAGAAGUUACCGACAUCCAGAUGAAAUGCAAUGAUCAGUAUGAAGAAAUGAAUAAUAACAACAGUUGCAAAGAUAUAUGCAUAAAGCUAUCAGCAUUGGAAAGCCAAAAUCCAUUUAGUACGAAAAUUGAAACAAGAACAGAAAAAGAUAUACCCGACCUCAUAAAGACUAUUUCAACAAACAACAAUAAUGAAGAAUUAACAAGUUGUGAUAUAACCACAUUUGAUACUGACAUAGAAAAUAAUUUUAACACGAAAGACAUAAUUGGCGAUUUUAACAAGGAAAUUGAAGAUGAAAUUAAGCAGUUACUUAAUUAUAAUAUUAACAUUCAAGAUGAUCUAGAAGAACUUCGAAAAGAUAUAAAAGACAAUUUUGAAAAGCCAAUAGAAAAUACGAUUAACAAUAUAAGUGAAGUUGUAAAUGGCGUUAUAAAAAAACUAGUAAAGACUGAAGUUUGUGAUGAAAUUGAAAAUUAUAUUUCAUCGACAGACACAAAGCAGACACCUGAAAUUAGUAAUGAAAAUAAAUUAAGUGUGAAAAAAGAAGUUAAUUUAAGCAGACCUUCUUUUUUGUUGCUUGAUAACAACAAUCAUAUAACUGACGCUGUUUUAUCGGAUGGAAAAGAAGAAAUCAAUAUAAACGAAGAUGAAUAUGACACAGAAAAAUUGAGUCAAAAUGUUGAAAGUACCAUUAAACAGUUGAGUACUGAGCUCAGAAAAAUAAUACCAAAAUUAAAUGAAAUGCGUGAACGAGAUAAACUUUGGUCUGAGAGACCAAUAAUAACAGAUGCAAAUUCAAACAGAAUUUUAUAUAAUUCCACUAAUAGUUUUAAAACAAAAAAAGACCUUAGAAAUACCACGCACUUUGAAAAUAGCAGACCAGCACAUAAAUUAAAUUACCAUCGAGGGUUGAAUAAAAAUACAAUUAAAGCUCAAAAUGAAACAAAAGAUCCUUCCACAGGAAAGUCUAAUUGUAACGCUCAAAUGAACAAAUCCGUCCAACAAGAUAAUGUAAUAGCUGACAGCGAUUUUGAGAGCUUUGAUGUUUACAAUAUAGAAACAGCUCUACCGAAACUAGAUAUUGACGCUAUCGAAAACCAUAUAAAGGCGGCAAAAGAAGCAGAAAGACGGAAACGCAAUGACAGAGAAGAGAUACGAAAAAGGUUAGCAAUGGGUGUAGAUACAGAUGAAUAUUACAGUUUGGGUCAUGUAGAUCGUCCAGGAAAGAAGCCUAGUUUACAUUCACGCUUACAAAAUGGCAAGAAUUUACAAAUUUGUUUCAUGAAUGAAACAGCUUCAGAUAAUGAAUCACAGACUUCAGAUUUGGAUAGAAAUCUACAUUCCGACACAAAAAGUUUGUCACGGUCAAGUUUAUUUAGCAAGAGUAGUUUUAACCAUCCCUAUCAGACGAGACCUCUGUCUGUGAACAUUACAAGAAAUGACAAAAUAAAUACUGUACAAAGCGGUUUCAAAUUCAAUCCAGGGUCGUUCAUAUCAAAGUCAUCCAAAUCGCGCUCUUCACAAUCUCUGAAUCACAUUGAAUUGAAGGAAUCGGACUUCUAUGCUCUGCAAUCAACCUUGCAAACUGAAGCUAGGAUUGCUUUGGCACAAGCUAAGGAAAUGGCUCGGAUACAAAUGGAGCAUGAACGUCGUAGUCGGCCUGUAUCGCCUGUGACAGAAAUGUUGCGACGCAGUAUGGAGAAGGCAAACGUUCCUCUGGCCCCAGACCGCCGCCGUGUUUCCCGACAAAUACUUACUGAUAUGAAUAUAGCUCAGUUGCAGGUAAUAGUGAACGAACUGCACUCCCAGAUAGAAUCUUUGAACGACACCCUGGUAAAACUGCUGAUGGCGCGCGACGAACUGCACAUGGGACAGGACUCGAUGCUCGUUGACAUUGAAGAUCUCACCCGGUACCUCGGUGUAAAGGAGCAGACCAAGAAAUCCAAAGGCAUUGCGGCAAAAUCCGGAGUUAGGAGGCUCACGUCUCUCGUGCACAAAUAACUGCAUGUAUGUUAAGCAUUAGUUCUACGCUGAUUAUUGCGGGCCUGCUCUUGUUAUCUGUAUAUUACCGUUUAUGUUUAAAAAAAUAUGGGCCCUCUUCACAAUGGGCAGCGUUGGGCGAGUAGAGGAAAUCACGAUAGUGUAGAGGGAUUAAAUUUUAUAGACAAUUUAAUACACUAUCGUCGUAUCAGUUGUCAUUGUAGAUGUUUAUACAUAAUCGCCAUAAUGGUGGCAAACAUCGACGAUCAUUUGUUGGGCCAACGCUGCCCAUUGUGCAGCAAGGCCCAUUACGCAAACUGUAGGCGACAAAUGUAACGCUAAUAGUACAAUUUUGCAUGGAACUAGAUUGUUGUAUAUAAACUUGUAUUUCGUAUACAUUUAAAAAUAUAUAUUAUGUCGUACUCAUACUCUAUUGUAAAGCGAGUAUCAAUUUAGUACCAAUUUUAUUACCAGUGUUCAUUUGUAAUUUGCACUUCCAUUACAUGUAGAAAAUUACGUACCAACAAAUUAUGCCUAUAUUAGACUCUAUUUCUCAAUAUCUUAGUGAGGGUUACACAAAAUAACGUAUUGCUGUCUCAUGUUAUUGAAAAUAAAAGAAAGAGAUGGUCAUUAUAUCUUUUAAUAUUCAAGUAAUAUUACUUCACGAUUGAGAAAUAAGGUCUUACACUGUUAUAAAUUAAUAAUAAUGAUUAUCGUAUUAAGGAAAUCUCACUUUUUAACAUUGCUAGAAAUAUACACAGAUAUAAGUCGUAUACGUUUCUUUUAAAAACAUGGUGCUACGGACGGUCACUUUUUUCUCAGUUUUAUGAUGGAACAGUAAAAGUUUUAUGCGCUCUAUACAAAGUAUAAAUUUCUGAGAAAAAGUGUUUUACUAAUGAAAGUUGGUUCUUAGAAUUCAUUACAAUUUUUUAUAUUACUUAAAUUUUCACUAUCUCGUUCUGUAGUAUGUAAAUUACACAUUGAUAGCCAACAUUUUCAUAUCUUUCUUAAUAUUACUCAAUAUCAUAAAUACCGAAAGAUUAAACUCUCAUUUAGACCGACUUAGCUGUUGUAUAUUUCUUAUCUUAUAUACUAAAUUAACAAAGUACGAUUGAAAUUUAAUUAUUGAAAACGUCCUAAUGUGUUAUUUUAUUUAUAUAUUCAUACUAAUUUUUUGUGAAAAACUUGGUUCCUAUUUUUUUAAAUAAAUUAACAUAAAAUGUUCCUUUCGUUUCGGAUUUGACGUUUUCUAUAAUUUUUUAUUCAUAUUUUGCUUCACUACGAUGUCUGAUUUAGAUUUAGAUAAAUUUGUGAUUUGCAAAUACAUAUGUAGUAUAAAUAUUUUUCCAUGAUAGUUCAUUGUUCUAGAUGUAAUUUUAUGAACGAUGGCGGCAGACAUAAACAGGGUUCGUAUUAGUUGCUUAGUUUAAUUAAAUUGUUAGAAUCGCGCUAUAUUUUUUCAUUAAACAAAUAUAUACUAUAUGUAAUUGAUAAUAAAACUGACUUUGUAUUGCAGUCUUACUCUAUAACUGAUAUUAUAUGUGUUGUGUCCUUAUAUUUUCUCGUAUAUAAAAAAAUAUUUAGUAGGAGUUGAUGUUCACAUAGGAAAUCACUGCACCAUAAUAAAAAUACGUGUUUUUGUAAAAUAGAAGAGAAUUUUCUUACAUUAAUUGUUACACAUACACAUCUGCAUAUCUACGUAUUUAUUAUACGAGUUAUCUAAAUCUGUAGUAAAAUAUAUUCCCGUAAGAUAAAUAUUCACAAUUACUCGACUCAAAACACAAUUUUCACUUUAUUCAUAUUAAAUUCUUAUAACGUCUAAAUUGUAAGUGGUUUUAUAGAGCGUAGUAAUUUGUGCCUACUUUUGCGUUCAAGCACGGUUGUCGAAGUUGAAGCAUAUUCAAAAUUAUCAUUUCUUUGGAUUUCAGUAAUAAAAAAAAUGUAGUUGUAUUUUUUGUUGUAUUUAGAUUUCAUACUUGGUACAUUUUGGUAUAUAAACGUUUAUUAAUAUAUAUGCUUAUUGUACUACUAGAUUGAAAGAUAUUAUAACUUUUUAUUCAUUUUCCAAAGAAAUUCGCAUUUUUCGUUUACUAUGCUUGCUUUUAAAUAGAAAUAAAAAGUGAUAACUUUAAAAUCUUAUAUCUGUAAAUCUUGUCUUAUGAGGUAUAUAUUAAAUAAAAUAAUAAAAUAGACUGUUAAAUGUUCAUAAAACCACCUAUAUAAUGUUUAAAUAUGAAUUUUCAUUAUUUCUAAUAGUACUAAUAUUCUUGUAAGUUUCUUCUCUGUGACGAUGGGUAUGGCUCAAAUUAAUUUCUUUGUACCUUUUUUUUGGUUGUAUUUUUUUGUAGUUUUAGUUUUAGUAGGGACUAGCAUGAUAGGGAUAGUUUGGUUAAUCACCAUUUUAAAUUUAAAUAUUUCAUGAAUAAAAAAAACGGUUUUUCAUAGAUAAUGAAUACAACAAAUAUUAAAAUAUGAUGAUGAACAUCAUAAUUAUUAUAGACCAUUUUAUUCAAUUCUGGGUACAUUUUUUAUAAUAUUAAUUAUAAGUGCUAUCAUGUUAUACCUAAAUCUAUUAGUUACCAAUAUUAUGUUUUUUUAUUACAUUCUUGUUCAUAACUAUAAGCCAAUAACUGUUGAAUGCUUGACUUUAUCACUAAAAUUUGAAAAAACUUCAAUAGUUAACAGCGUAUAGUUUUAUGAAUAAGAAUUAGUAUUUAUGUGAGUAUUAUAAGAAACUUUAGUUAAUGUGGGAUGAACACGAUAUUUUGACUUGUUUGUAACUAGCAUUAAAUGAUUGAGAAAAAAUACAAAAAAUUUUGCAUUUAUAAAAAAAAUCAUGUUUGUAUUUUUUUUUUGGAAAAAAUAUGACUGUAUAACCGAGUAUUCUUCAUGACGCUACGAUAAUUCUAAAAUUAAUUUCAAAGUACAUUAUUAAUUGUAAAAUAAAAGUACUACUAAAACGAACGAUCUCGACGUGUAUUUUAUCGUUUAUAAGUAAAAAAUAAAUAAAACUUUUUAAACGAUACAUAAGUAAGUAUUUACAUGUUUCGAGUUAUAUUAUCAUAAACAUAUUUUAGCCAACGUUCAAAUGUUCAACCUAACUGGGAAGUCUCGUCUCUCGGGCGUUAUUACCCGAAAUUUUAUUUAUUUUAAAAUAGAAGAAAAGAGGCUUGUUAUAGUAAAGACAAUCUAGUGUUUUGUCAUUUACUUCAAAAUGAUCUCAAUAAUAUCGAAUGUGAUAUUAUUAGUACAAAGGUGUAGGCUAAAAGCGCUCCAAGAGCGGCAUGUCGAAAUGUGGCUAAGUAGCCAUAGUCAUCACUAUA